AUGGCUUCAAAAGACAAAAAGCAACAGCCGGCCACAGCGGCGGUUAAUCUGAUCGCCGGUGGUGGUGCUGGAAUGAUGGAAGCUCUCGUGUGCCAUCCGCUCGAUACCAUCAAAGUACGAAUGCAGCUUUCGAAGCGAGCACGAGCUCCGGGGGUCAAAGCUCGCGGCUUUCUUGCGACUGGACAAGAGAUUGUGCGCCGAGAGACUGCUUUGGGGCUGUAUAAGGGUCUGGGAGCUGUUCUCAGUGGAAUCAUCCCAAAGAUGGCUAUCCGAUUCACUUCGUAUGGCUAUUAUAAGCAGUACCUAACAAAUCCCGAGACUGGAAAACUCUCGAGUUCCGCCAAUAUGCUUGCUGGUCUGGCUGCUGGUGUAACCGAAGCUGUGGCCGUCGUCACACCCAUGGAGGUUAUAAAGAUUCGCUUGCAGGCCCAGAGCCACAGUCUGGCAGAUCCCCUCGAUAAGCCAAAAUACCGGAGUGCACCACACGCCUUGUUCACCGUGAUAAGAGAAGAAGGUGUUGGUGCCAUAUACCGCGGUGUUUCGUUGACGGCCCUCCGUCAGGGAACAAACCAGGCAGCCAACUUCACUGCCUACUCCGAGCUGAAAAAGCUCCUCAAGGAUUGGCAACCCCAGUACACCGAACUGCCAUCCUACCAGACGAUGUGCAUCGGUCUUAUUUCCGGUGCCAUGGGUCCGUUUUCCAAUGCCCCGAUUGACACCAUCAAGACCAGACUGCAGAAGACGCCCGGAGAGCCUGGACAGUCCGCCAUCUCCCGCAUCACAGCCAUAUCAAAGGAGAUGUUCAAACAAGAAGGUGCCAGAGCUUUCUACAAGGGUAUCACUCCCCGAGUCAUGAGAGUCGCCCCCGGACAGGCAGUCACCUUCACUGUGUACGAGUUCCUUAGGGAGAAGCUGGAGAAGAGCAACUGGUCCAUCAUGGGAGGAAAGUAUGAGGAAUAA